GAAAUGGUAGUCAUAAUUAUUAUAAUGUUUAUUUAAAUUCAAACGGACCUACGACCUCCAACGAGUCCAGCCGACAGAAUUGUAUAAAAGAUUUCGCGUUUACAGUAAAAUCAUCAGUUGUUCCGAGAGAAGCAAACAGACCAAAUCAACCAUGAAGAUGUUCAUUGUCGCCCUCGCCCUUGUGGCUUGCGUUGCUGCCCUCCCCGCGGAGAAGGAUGUCCCAAAAAUCCUCCGCUACGAUUUCGACCCACAACCCAACGGUGGAUACUCUCUCAACGUUGAAACCGACGACGGUAUUGUCAGGUAUGAGGUCGCUGAACUUAAGGAAAUCCUCGAUGAAAACAACAAGCCCCAAUUUGUCUUAGUCGUCAGAGGCCAAUACUCCUACCCCAGAUCAGACGGCAGCAUUGAAACCAUCAGCUACGUUGCUGACGAACUUGGCUUCCGCCCCGAGGGUGCUUCCAUCCCCCAGGCCCCAGCCGCCGCCAGGAGAUAAACAUACUACGAUUGAAUCUUGAUAAACGUUAAUUGGUUAAUUAGUUCUGUAUAGCUCGAUCUGUCAUUGUUAUAACUGUCAAUAAAAUUCGCAGUUAAUCCAAAAAAAAAA